GAUACAUGCACUGCAUCCAGGCUUCAGCCAACCUUCCUAUUAGAUUAUCUUAUUCUUUAUUGUAGGCUUGUUCUGGGAGAAUAAUAAUCCUAAUAACUUUCAGCUAUAAGGCAACUCUCCAGGAGGAUUUCAAGGCGCCAUGUCUGAGAAGCUGAGAAGGUGCAGAAAGGAAUUUUCCGAAGCCAUUAGUAGGGUGCUUGAAAACUCGGGGCUCCCAUACUUCAUCCAUCUUCAUGCUUACCACUAUCCUGCUGGAUAUAUGAAAUCUGUGCCCACAAAGAGCAUCGUUUGUGAAAAUGUUGUUACUAUGCCCUUUUGUGUUCAGCUCCAUAUGAUCCCAGAGCACCCGUUCUCUCACCCACCCGAGGCAAAGCGUCCAGGACAACAUUCACUUAGCCUGGAUCUGGAACAAACCCCUCAAUCUUCUAUCAGUUCAUUCACAGACUCACAAGAGGACAUCACUGGGACCCUUCUGGAAUUAAUUGAGAGCACCAACUACCGCGUGAUGGCAAAAACUUAUGAGACAGUGGAAAGUGAGGUUGAUCUCAGCAUAUUGUAUGGCUUGUGCCCAGGAUCUCCUUCCUACGGUGCCACAAUGCCACUGGUUAGUAAGAAGGCCGCAGCGGAUGCCAGUGCAGUGCCAGCCCCUCUCACAGAUGAAGAGGACUGUAGGAUCAUUGAGAUGGUUCUGGACAUGGAGGAAGAUUAUUGCUGUCAGACACAGACAUGUGCUCAUUUAACUUGAACCAGGAAAGCCCCUCAAACUCAGAGCCUGACCCAGUACCUUCCUCCCCCCCCCCCAGGCUGCAGGUUACACAAAAUAUUCCUGCAGAUUUGUAUUUCUAUCAACAGGGCAGCUACUAUGCAAGCAUUCCCUUCUUAAUAAGCAGAUGGUUCAAUUCAUUGACAUGAAAGUGGGAGUUAGGUCAGCCCUGCAAAAUAUAUUGGUGCUUUAUAAAUAAAUGUUAAUAAUAAUAAUAGGGCUGCCACCUGUCCGCUUUUGGCCAUUCCCAGUUUGUAACGUAUUCAGUAUUUAUUAAUAUGUUAACUUUAUUUUUGUUCCAUUGACUAAUAUAGAGUUUGAAAUAAAUCGUUGUGCCAUACCUCCA